AUGUCACUUUUCGACUUCGACGCCUACAAUGGUGCCAUAUCGUCAUUGAACAAAAGAACAUCCGUUUCGCGGUCUAUGGAUGAGGAGUAUCCCUACUCUGAUCUCAAUUUUGCCGAUCUGAACGAUGUGAUGAGCAGUUACAAUUCCAGCGGCAUGUCCCCUUACUCCAGCGGUUCGUCUCCAGACAACAUGUUUCCAAUGACAUUUGACCCUCACAGCUAUGAUGAGAGCAAUGACAUGAUGAUGAAAUCCGAGUCCACCAGCACUGUGACUGCCAACACUGGAGAACUUCCGUCGCUGUCCACAACAAGAACAGGUUCGACACAAAGCGACCCAGUUGUGAAACUGGAAGAUGAAGAUAUCGCCAUGCUGAAGCGCAGGAAACAGCCUAGCUCUAAGAUAAUCGACCAUCCAAUCUCGAAAGGCAAGAAGUUCAAAUCACCUCAUAACCUGAUUGAGAAAAAAUAUAGAACUAACAUCAACACCAAGAUUGUUGAGCUGCGGAACUGUGUCCCGACACUACGUAUUCUUGUGGCGAAGGAAAAUAACCACCACACGAAUUCCACAGUGAAAGAUGAUGAGUAUGUUGAUGAUUACGAAGGAGACGGGUACACGGAUGACGAAGAAAAGUUGGACGGAUUACAACCGGCUAGGAAACUGAACAAGGCAACAAUAUUAUCCAAGGCUGCUGAGUACAUCAAACAUCUUGAAUGGAAGCAUGAAAUCUUGAAACGGAAAAAUGAGCAGUUGACACGCAUGCUCAAAAAUGCAAACGCGGAGAUUGACCUGACCGAAUCCCCUGAGGAAGCGUUUAACCCCUCAUACAGUGGCUCCAGUCACAAUUCCUCGCCUUCACAAUAUUCAAAUACUUCUCCAAACACCAACUCUGAAGGCUCAAUGCCCCUGUCGAACAAAGUGUUGCUCGGUGGAAUGACAUGCAUGCUGGGAGCAUCUGCCUUUGACGAUAUGUCGGGUGGUGUUGGAGAUAGAAAAGGUUUGUUUUCCAUUCCUAUCUUUGCAUUUUCGACCGCCUCGUCGUCAACUUCGUUUAACCCAUCUUUGUUGAGGCCUUUCUGGGGAGUCUCCAAGCUGCUGCUCUGUAUUGCCAUGUUUUAUCUUUACAUCGUGGCUCCGCUCCUGGGAACGGAGAAAAAGCAGUUCCGUCCCGUCAAGACGUACAACCGUCUGACGAAUAUGACUACUGCGGAUGUCGAGCACUUACUGAAAACUGCGGAUGCUUCAAAGCUUUAUGUUGGGCUUCUUGGUUUGCUUUACAUGGAGUCUAACGAGACAACCUUGUUUAUGAAGUGUCUUUACAUGAAGAAGUGCGGCAAGCUUGCGGGCUCGGCUCUUUUUGGACGUCAAAUAUUCGACCGUUGGGGAAAGUAUUAUUUCAACCAGUUGAAGAGUUCAGCAAAGGAUUCUAAGCUUUGUCUGCUGUUGCAGAACACAACAUACGAAGAACUGCCUAUUAUGCCCUUGAAACAAUAUGAACAGUUUGAUUUUAUUACGCAAAUACUCCGCUCGCUUGCAGACUCUCUUUUCGAGGAGUCGCUCAUGAAAAUGGUCUGGUUCCAUGCAUUGAACCGCAAAUACCAGGAAGAAAAACAAGACACUUUGGAGCUUGAGAUCACAGCUACCAAGGUCCAGAUUACACGCUUAUUACAGCGCUGCGCCGAUAUCUCCAAAAUCCUCGAUCAACCAACUUCUCGGUGCUCCAUCAUCAAAUUCCUGCUAAAGCCCACCGAGGACAACCUCAAGGAGGCUUUCAAAAACCCACAAGCUGACUGCGACAUUGUUGUUGGUCUUGUCUGCUGUGUGCUGAAGUACCAACUGCUCAAUUGCGCAGACCAGUACGAAUUGCUGGUUGAGUGGUUCGGCAAGCUGCAGCUCCCAAAGUUCAGCAACGGAGUCUGUAUGUCGUUAUUUGAGUUCGUCGCCGCUCUCAAUGUUUUAGAGCUGACCACGCCAGACCUUCUCCACAAACUCAACGAGUUUGACAACGACGAGGCGGAGAAGGAAAGCCAUAUGGAUGCAGACGCGGACCAUGCUCCGCGUCCGAUCAUCUCCAAAUUGAACUUCAGACUACUCAACGUCGUGGCAAACAUGCGCAUAUUUGCCGGAAGCGACAAAUUCAGUGCUUCAAUCGAAGCGAAGGAUCAAUUGGUUGAUUUUCUCGUUGGACUGAUCGAAGAGCUUAACGGAUGCUAA